UCUCCACUUUGAGUGCGUGUUCCUCAAUUUCCUUCGGUCGUGUGUCUUUCAUCUUCUUAUUUCACUAUCACUUUCACUCGCACCGCGCAUCAGCACACAGUCCACUACGCGACACCACGGCACAUAAGCCCGUUACUGCCGACCUUACGCUCGCUACUGCUGGACAGUGAUCACUGCGCUUGACCACCGACACUCAGCAUCAACAUGGCGGCAUCAUCCGUGUCCACGGGUGCCGAGACCCUCAGACCACACAUUGAGAUCCCCAACUCGAGCGCCUCGAAAGCAGCAGACGAAGAAGGUCCUCUCUCGCCGCGUUCAUGGCGCCACCGAACAGUCACAUAUCAGCCUCCGUCACGCGUCCAGACGACCGGCAGUCUUGAUGCGGAAGACUACUUUAUCGGCCCCCGUGACAUGGCCAAGCACUCCAAAUGGCCUUUCUUCAUGCGCAUGCACGGUUCAGUGCUGCCGAAGAUGAUCAUUCCUCUUCUGGUUGUCACUGUCUGGUCUACUGCCAUCACAUGCGUCUCGAAAUUCACUGAGAAGCCACUGAACGUCAGCAGCUUGCUGCUGACUGUGUUGGGUUUCGUCGUCGGUCUUGCCAUCUCGUUCCGCACCAGCUCGGCCUACGAGCGUUACAUGGAGGGCCGGAAGUACUGGAGUCAGCUGCAGCUCGUGAGCCAGAACCUGGCACGUACCAUCUGGAUCCACGCCGACGAGCGCGAUGGCGAGCUCGGCAAGCAGGAUCUUCUGUCAAAGCUAACUGCACUGAACCUUCUCAUCGCAUACGCGUGUGCUAUCAAGCACCGCCUCCGAUUUGAGCCUGGAAUCGACUACCCCGAUCUCAAGGAGCGCGUUGAGUACCUGGACACUUUCGCCAAGGCGGCUGAAGUCGACAUCCCCGCGGCCCGCGAGUACAGCAAGCUGAAGUCCACCGGCGAGUUCUUGGGCGUCACGUUCGCCGAGUCCAACCCCCGCAAGAGGAUCAAGCGCUCCAAGAAGCCCCUCGGUAACCUGCCUCUCGAGAUUCUGAACCACUUCUCCGCGUACGUCCACAGCAUCAUCAACAAUGAGACUCUCAAGAUCGGUCUCUACCAGAACCAAGCCAUCACUGGUGUCGUCGCCUUGAAUGAAUGCCUUGUCGGCCUCGACCGCGUCCUCAACACGCCCCUCCCCAUCGCCUACUCCAUCGCCAUCUCGCAAAUCACCUGGGUCUACGUCAUGGUGCUGCCAUUCCAACUUUACGCCUCGCUCGAAUGGAUCACCAUCCCCGGCACCAUCUUCGCGGCCUACAUCAUCCUCGGUCUCUCCGCCAUCGGCCGCGAAAUCGAAAACCCCUUUGGCCACGACGUGAACGACCUACCGCUGGAGGCCUUCUGCGAAGAGCUCGAAAUGGACAUGGACUGCAUCACCGCGCAGCCGGCGCCCAUCGCCGCAGAGUUCAUGAGCCGCCCGGGCAACAUGCCCAUCUGGCCGCUCAGCUUCAAGAGCUACAGCGACUGGGCGGGGCGCUCCAAGCAGGACGUGCGCGACGCGUUGCUGACGAAGACCAAGGCCGAUAUGACGGUGAGGAAGAGCUUUGCGGUCGCCCGCACCGAGAGCAAUGUCGAUGAGAAGAAUGCGCAUCAGGUGCAGCACCAACCGCAGCAGGAAGCAUGAGCACGACCUCGGAGUACGGUCUCGGAGUACGAACUCAAGUAGUAGUGUGUAUUAUAUCUUCGGCGGCGGCGGCAGCUACGGCGGAGGUCGCGGCAACUCCCUCCAGCUUCUCUCUCUCUUUUCUGCGUGCAUAGCGAAAGGGCAGGCGUUAUUCGGACACGGUCAUGUCUUUCUUAUUCUCCGGCGCUGCGCCGUUGAGCACUGUUAU